AUGCAGCAGGUUGAGCAACUGUCUUGAACUUUUGGGUCCUCGGACAAAGACGUUUUUGCUCAACUUGAGACAGAAAAAGAUGCAGCACUCAUUUUUCUUAGUUCAUCAUUGAUCCUUUACUCAUUUUGUUUUCGUUUUUCUUCGGUUUUGGAUGGUUACCCCAGAGGAUAUAAUGACAAAAAACCUUUUCUUGUUUUUUUUAAACUUUGGGACGCAACCCUUCUAUUCAUCUUUUGUAUAGAGGGGUUUUCCUGCUCUGUCAUUCCAUUCCCUUUUGGUAUUUCCUGCUUUUAUGUGUUGUUCUAAUCCCGUCCUUGAGUCCAGAUGAGUGUGCUCCGCUGGCACCGGUUGUCUGCGCUCUGGAAGAGCUGGAUAUUCAGCCAGGAGCCAGCAGAAGACCAGGACCAGAUCUCAGAAGCUCCUGGGCAUGAAGAAGAGCCAUGCGAGAAAGAAAGCAACACAGUCGAGGUUGACGGCUCAGACGGGCAGAAUCCAAAAGUAGUUGGAAGCCAAAACUUGGAUUAUAAAAAGCAAAACUCUCAAACUGACAACCAAAACGAGGAAUGUAUACAACUGAGUGUGGUUCCCAAGUCUGAAGUGCUGAAACGCAGCUGCUCCGAGCCGUGUUCCCAGGUCUCCAUCUGUGUGGAUCGGUCGUUCAGUUGCCCCCACGGACCUGCCGGUUCUCUGUACCAGUCCCAACGAAGCGGUUUUUCUGAGGACAGUGUUGACUGUGUAUUACAGGUGGAUAACGGCAGCGAAGGGGACGACAGCUUCCUACAAAGAGAGGGGUCCCAACGGCGGUCUAGGCGGCGCUUUAGGAGGGUAAACCCCAGAGGAGAGCGGGAACUUAUCACAGAUGGCCAGGAACCCGCCAGCUACAACACUCUUCCUGCUGACCUGAAUAAGAUGCACUUAACAGACCACGCCCACCACCAGGUGAUGCACAUGGCUCCCAGCCAAUCAGGAUGCAGCAUCGCCAGUGAUUCAGGGAGCAGCAGCUUGUCAGACAUUUACCAGCGUUGUUUUCUCCAGGCCACAGAGAGCGAGCUCGGAGAUGUGGAUCUGUCUGGACUUCCAGAAGCUGCAGUGGACAGCGAGGAAGAAGAGGAGGAAGACGAAGACCUGGAGAGAGCCUCGGACACCCUUUUGGGACGAGAUCUGGUCCGAGAGUGUCUGGAAAAAGAUCCAGCUGACCGCAAUGACGACGACAUUGAGCAACUGCUGGAGUUCAUGCAUCAGCUGCCUGCCUUCGCCAACAUGACCAUGUCGGUGCGGCGGGACUUGUGCAGCGUCAUGGUGUUCGAGGUGGUGGAGCAGGCAGGCACCGUCAUACUGCAAGACAAACGAGAGCUGGACCUCUGGUAUGUAAUCCUGAAUGGAGCAGUUGAAAUCAGCCAUCCAGAAGGAAGAGUAGAGACUCUUUGUAUGGGAAACAGUUUUGGCAUCUCACCGUCAUUGGACAAGCAGUACAUGAUAGGAGAAGUUCGCACCAAGGGGGACGACUGCCAGUUUGUGUGCGUCGCCCAGGAGGACUACUGCCGCAUCCUCAACCAUGUGGAGAAGAACACGCACAAGGUGGAAGAGGAGGGGGAGAUCGUGAUGGUGAAGGAGCACCGCGAGCUUGAUCGCACUGGGACAAGGAAGGGGCACAUUGUCAUCAAGGGAACUCCAGAGCGACUGAUCAUGCACCUGGUGGAGGAGCCUUCGGUGGUGGACCCCACUUACAUAGAGGACUUCCUACUGACCUACAGAACCUUCCUGUCGAGUCCCAUGGAUGUCGGGAAGAAGCUGCUGGAGUGGUUUCAGGUGGACAGCCUGCGCGACACGGUAACGAGAAUAGUGUUGCUGUGGGUCAACAACCACUUCAACGACUUCGAGGGCGAUCAAGCUAUGACGCGCUUCCUGGAGGAUUUUGAGAAACGUCUAGAAACCACAAAAAUGAAGGGCCAUUUGAGGCUGUUGAACAUUGCGUGUGCAGCCAAGGCGAAGUUGAGACAGAUCACGCUGCAGAAGGCAUCCAGGGAGUCGCCGCUCUACUUUAGCCUGCAGGGCGGCAGUGAAAGAGGAUUUGGGAUCUUUGUUGAAUCGGUGGAAGAAGGAAGCAAAGCUGCAGAGACCGGACUUAAGCGGGGAGAUCAGAUCAUGGAGAUCAACGGCCAGAACUUUGAGAACAUCUCCUUGUCCAAAGCCCUCGACAUCUUUAGAAACAACACCCACCUCUCCCUCACAGUCAAAACCAACAUAUUUGUGUUCAAAGAGCUCCUUAGUAGGAUCCUACACGAGAAGAAGAAUGGGGGCCCUCACAUCCCCAAGAUCCAAGAGAAAAAAGGGAAUCGCUUCUCCAUCCCCGAUCUUCCUGGAGACAUGGAAUUCCCUACAGACCAUAAGAGCACUCGGAAAAUGAAGGCCAACACUGUGUCGGGAGGGCGAAAUAAGAUCAGAAAGAUGCUGGAGAAGACGCGUUUCAGCAUACUCCCCCCGAAACCCUUCAGCGAUGGCGGCAUUGGCCAGUCUCAGGAUGACAGCAUUGUGGGAACCAAGCAGUGUCGUCACAGCGUGGCCAUCAUGCCGAUUCCCAGCAACCUCUCAUCCAGCAGCCCAGACCUGCUGCAACCGGCAACCAGCGUCCUGGACUUCUCCAACCCCGCCGACAUCCCAGACCAGGUCAUCCGGGUGUUCAAAGCGGAUCAGCAGAGCUGCUACAUCAUCAUCAGCAAGGACACGACUGCCAAGGAUGUCGUCGCCCACACCGUCAAUGAGUUCGGCCUGCUCGCAGCGCCUGAAACCUACUCUUUGUGUGAGGUAUCGGUCAGCCCCGAGGGAGUCAUAAAACAGCGACGCCUGCCCGACCAGCUUUCUAAACUGGCUGAUCGGAUUCAGCUCAACGGCAGGUAUUACCUGAAGAACAACAUGGAGACGGAGACGUUAUGUUCAGACGAGGACGCCCAGGAUCUCCUCAGAGAGAGUCAGAUCUCUCUGCUGCAGCUCAGCACCAUGGAAGUCGCUGCCCAGCUCUCCAUGAGGGACUUCGAGCUCUUCAGGAACAUCGAAUCCACAGAGUAUGUGGAUGACUUGUUUAAGCUCGACUCCGCCGCUGGAAGUAGAAACCUGAAACAGUUUGAGGAGGUGAUAAACCAGGAGACCUUCUGGGUCGCCACAGAGAUCCUAAAGGAGCCCAACACCCUGAAGAGGAUGAAGAUCAUUAAGCACUUCAUCAAGAUCGCCCUGCACUGCAAAGAGUGCAAGAACUUCAACUCCAUGUUUGCUAUCAUCAGCGGGCUGAACUUGGCACCGGUGGCUCGACUGAGGAACUCGUGGGAGAAAUUGCCCAGUAAGUACGAGAAGCUGUUCGGGGACCUGCAGGACGUCUUCGACCCAUCCAGGAACAUGGCCAAGUAUCGCAAUGUGCUGAGCAGCCAGAGCAUGCAGCCACCCAUCAUCCCACUGUUCCCCGUGGUGAAGAAGGACCUCACGUUCUUACACGAAGGCAACGACUCCAACGUUGACGGUCUCAUAAACUUUGAGAAGCUGAGGAUGAUCGCUAAAGAGAUCAGGCACGUAGUGCGGAUGACCUCGGCCAACAUGGACCCCGCCCUCAUGUUCAGACAGAGGAAGAAGAGGUGGAAAAGUUUAGGGUCUUUGAGUCAGGGCAGCACCAACUCCAAUAUGCUGGAUGUGCAGGGCGGAGCUCACAAGAAGCGAGUGCGUCGCAGCUCUCUCCUCAACGCCAAGAAGUUGUAUGAAGACGCUCAGAUGGCCAGAAAGGUGAAGCAGUACCUGUCCAACCUAACGGUGGAGACGGACGAAGAGAAACACCAGAUCAUGUCCCUGCAGUGCGAGCAGUCUCACAGCGCCCCGGGGAAGAACUUGAGCGAACGGCGAUCCACCAAGUCGGACAUGUCGCCAGUGUCUCUGCGAUCAGCUCUGCCCUCUGGGAAAGCGCAGAACAGGGUGUCGCAAGUCCUCCAGGUCCAGGUGCCGCUGAAUCCUCUGCGGAAGAAGAGUAACGCCAAAGACAUAGGAGUCUCUAUUUCCAACUCUCCGCAGGUAGUGAAGAAACCUCCAGUUAACUCGUCAGACGACUGGAACAGCAAGAGACCAUGUGAUGACACCGUUUCCAUGGUUUCAUCCCUUCACUCCAGCCCCACCGUGUCGCCUCAGGGGUCCCCGCGGAAAGUGGGAGGUGUGGCAAAGUCUCACAACUCCAGCCAGAUGAACUUAUCAGGAUCUUCAUCAUCACUGACCAGCGAUGCCAGCACAAAGACCGGCACCGUCAGCCUGCGUAGCUACGGAAUAGGUUACGCUCUCCUUCCCGCUGGUAAAGCGGACAACCUGUCGGAUUCGAGUCACAGUGAGAUUUCGUCCCGCUCCAGCAUCUGCUCGGUGGACUCGGUGCCGGCCCCGGGGCUGGACGAGCGUUGCAACAGGACCUGUACUACUGCUCCUACUACUGCCACUGUCCCUCCUGCUGCUGCUGCUACACCCACUGCAGUUCCUGAGAGCGCGGCCGCAUCACAUGCACACUUAAAUGCUGAUUACAGGCAGCCCUGCACAAGUAGUUCUUCGUCGUUGGCUCGAGGGUGCGUGGCACGAGCGUGCACCUUCAGCUCCUCCAUCUCGACGGAGGAGCUGACCCCGGAGCACGGCUCCCUGGACCUGGUAGUGGACAGCGGCCGCGGCAGCUGGACGUCCUGCUCCUCCAACUCUCACGACUCCUUCCAGAGCCUCCCCGCCUCGUCCUGCCGGCCCUGGGACCACGGCAUCCACGGCCACCCGCUCUCCCUCCCUCACACGCACUUGGGCUUCAAGCACACGCAGCCGGCCAGGCCGGCAGCGGAGGCGGAGGGCGCCAGGCCCGCGUGGGCCGGCGAGAGCCCCGUCAAGCACCACUCCAGAGACUCCAGCUCGGAUCUGUCCGCUCAGGUGCGGCAGAGCUGGGCGUCGUCCAGCUCGCUGUCGGACAACUACGACGGGAACUUUGGCACAAUUAAGCGACGAAACACCUCAGAGCACCCCUCCUCACCGGCCAAUGACGAAGGAGGGCAAAGCACAGACCCCGUCUACAAAACGGUGACGUCAAGCACAGAGAAGGGCCUAAUAGUGUACUGUGUCACCUCCCCCGCCAAGGACGAGCGUUACCGUGCUCCCCCUCCCACCCCUCCAGGCUACCAAGGUCUGGCUCUGGGAGAUCUGGACGGAGUGGUGGGAGGCCCGGGAGGUCUGGUCCCGCGGCCCCCCCACCUCAAACCUCCGGACUACAGCGUGGCCCUGCAGAGGAGCAAGCUCCUGCAGAGUCCGGCGGCGGCCGGAGGUCUGGCCGAGGCCCGGAGGCUUCACUUCCAGCACCAAGACGGCCGGACAGCCGGCUCCAGCGAGGGCCACUCCAGACCCGCCAGCAUCUGCUGCCCACCGAAGGACCUGGCCGAGAGUGAGGACGAUGAACAGGUUUCAGCGGUUUGAAGACAGCAACAUGACGCGCGCACACACACACACACACACACACACACACACACACACACACACACACACACACACACACACACACUCACUCAAUGAUGGACCAAGUCGUGCUGUUCAGGUUCGGACUAAGCUAGCGGCCUGCCGUCAUCACGCGUCAGAGCACAUUCUCCAGGCCCCGCCCACUGACCGCUGGGUCACGUGACCUGUCUCCACCUCCCAGGACUCGCACUCACAAUGUCUUUCUGAACUCAUUUCACAAAUCAAAGAACGAUUUUAGACACUUUUUAUUUUGAAGAAAGAAAAAAAACUCUCGAACAAAGCAGGAAGAGGCGGUGUGACGGAUCGCUCGCAGCAGGUGGACGCGGAACAAAAGAAGGAGCGAGGGACAGUAGCGACGCCUCAUCGGAAACAGACCACCAUGUACCUCCAUUCUGUGCUCAGAGCUCGCUUGUCUAAAGCCGUUUCAUGUCGUUUUUACAGUUUAAUAUGUUGUACAGCAAUUGCAGCUUGAUGCUAUUAUUUUGUAAAGUGAUAUUUUUUUUUUCUUCCUCCUUUCAGUUUCAUCUCUGAGCUUUGCUAAGUUUAUAUGUGAGAACAGUGAGGAGGAGCAGACGAGAGUGAACCAUCGGGGAUUUCUUUCUUUCUUUCUCUUUUUUUCUGAACUCUGUCAACUUAAAGUAAGAUGAAUGUAAAUUGCUGAGAGAGGGAAAAAAAAACAGAGCAAUUCUUUAAAGGUCUCUGUACUGGUCAAUAUCAAACUGGCGCUGACAAAAGUAUGAAACACGAGUUUAAAUGCAUAGAAAAAUACAAAAAACCUGCAGCGGAGGACACAAACGUCCUCAGAGCCACAAAAAAAACCCUCAGUAUAUAUUUCACUCCCUCCUCGUGUGCUGAAAAGCAACAAAUCCCCCCCCUCCCUUUACAGAAAAAGGUAAAAAAUAAGAGAGAACCACGUCGUCUAUGUUCAGCACUUCCUUUUCUUUGCUAGGCUUGUCAGAAAAAGAGACAAACGGCAUCUCCCGGGCGGUUUCGGUCUGACACGUUGAGGUACUUUAGCUGCAUGCUGCCUCCUGGAUGUUCUAUAAAAUCUGUAUAAUAACUUGUUUUUAAUGAGCUGAAGAACAAAUGCCUCGCUGCUUCCGUCGAGUAAAAACGCGCGUGGUUACUUUAUUGCAGCAGCUGUAAUAAAACGAUAAAUUAUCACUGCGUGGUUGCACAACGUGCAUGCACAUACUCUCACCUACACACACACACCGGAAGCUAAGGUCGGUGUGCAGUAAAACAGUGUUUACGCCCAAACGCUCACACAUUUUGUUUACAGUGUUUUAUUAGACUAGUCGUCUAUGGAUUUACGAGCUGGAGCGAGUUCUGCUCCAGGUUUAGUGGUGGCGUUGUUUGUAACGCGGCAGGAACACGCGGACGCAGCGUGACCUUGACCUCGUCGUCUCGGCCUCUUCUCUAAAACAACGCCCAGCGACACCAAAGUCAGCAGGUGAUGCGUUUUAACGUCGGCCUCGCGCCUCCAUUCUGUGCUCGUCCGUUCAGUUUGUAAAAUAUUUAAAAGGACGUCCUUGAAUAUUGUUGAUUUGCAUCGAUAGUGAAAGCUAGUUUGUACCUUCAGGCGGGAGACGUUUGCCCGUUUGUGUUUUUCUAGCAGUUUGGCGGGGAGCUAACUGGAAUAUAAAACUUCUCCUCAUGUUUGUUGGUCUUGUUUUGCUUCUUUUGUUUUGCCACACAAACUUGAAAUGAUUAGUAAUAUAUACAUGGCAUAUAUAUAAAUAUAUAUAUAUAUAUAUAUGAAUUUAUACAUAUAUUUUUGCUGUUUAAAUUAAUGCUAAGUGAUGAUGUAUAGAAAAGAGCGAAGAUGGUCCUUUAUAAAGGCUAUUUUUGAAUAUUUUGUUAUAUGAAAACAGAAACCAAACCCUAGGUUGUGAUUGCCCGCCUGCUGUUUGGGGGCAGGAGUCUUUUAAAAGAGUUUGUGUUGGUUCUUGUUUUUUAUUUUUCAUGACGUUCUCUCCCCUCACUCUCUGUCGCUGCUGCCGUUUCUGAUCUAAAGUGUAAUUACUGUCGUGUUUUGGGUGCCUUGUGGACUUUCAUCUGUGAUGUGUGUUUUUUUUUUUUAAAUCCCGUUUUUUGUUUCGGUUUUGGGGUUCAGCUUACGGUUCAGUUUUGGACAUAGGUCUUUGUUUGCAGUUUUGCCUGUAGAAAUGCGGGGGCCCCUCGCGAGUCCCCCGCCCUCAGAUUCCUGGCUCAAGACGGGUUUAUCCAAACUGAGACGGGAUGACUGAGACAACUCCUUUCAGGCUGUCACAACACAAUCACAACUGCCGGGGUGCCAUGUUUCCUCCUCCUCCUCGCCUCUCUUCACCCCUCUGUCAGCUCAGCUAGAUGUUUAAAUUGAACUUGUCUCUCCGCUCCGCUCAUCUGUUAUUGUGGAUCAGUCUCCCCUGUCAAAGCCGUUUUUGACCCCCAUUGGUCUCAUGAUGACAGCAUCUCUAAACACUGUUACACAUCGACAGUUCCUCUGUUUUUGCACAAAUGUCUUCCUGUUAUUCUUAAUCAAAAGAAGUCAGUAUUAAUUUUCUGCAGCAAAUGUUUUAAUUUUUUUGGACAAUGAUGCUUCCGGCCGUUGGCUCAGAUGAUAUGAAGGGGUUUGAGUUUCCGUCAGCAAUCAAAAUAUGUGAUUACCUGCAAUCAAAAAAACUAAGUUUCGUUUCCAUUUGAGCAUAAAAUGGAUCUAAGUCACCUCACAUGUUUUGGAGGAAUCAAAGGAUUCAGUUUCGUUCCUCCACAAUGCUCACUGCUUGUGUUCUUGUUUUGUAAUUGUCCCUUUAAAGCUGAAUCCCCCCCAGUAGUGACGCUUUGCUCCUUUCCUUCUCCAUGUACAGUCUGAGCCCGACGAGUCGGUGUUCCUACUUAAGAGCGGAGACGCCGCCUCUUUCUGAUUGUAAUUUAGUCCCUUCUCCGUCAUCUUUUCUGGAACGCAAUAAGAGAGAUGUGAAUGUGUUUUCGUGUAGUGACCCUUCAGCAUUACAGCAGAAAUGCACAACAAUAAGCUUAAAUGUGGCGAGUGAGCUGUACAGUCUGUACAAAGAGGUAUUAACUCUGUGGCUUCAAGUUUGCUUUCGUCUCACGCGUAUAGCUGUUGUAACUUAUGUCUUUUAGAAAGACAACAUGAUUUUUGCUUGUACGCUUUUUAUGUCUUUUUUACAAGUGAUUGUAAAUAAUUGUUAUAUUUUUGUUUAAGAGAAUGUUUAAAAAGGAAUAAAUACCUUGUAUUUCUCUGAGUCUACUGAUAUGAAUUUGGACGAUGAAUAAAAUGUUAA